AUGGCAUCCUACAAAACCCACACCAUUCACUCCGACCACCCCGAUAAGGUGCGCAUGCUCGUACUCGAAACCGAUGAAGUGCACCCAGACACGCAUGAAGAGACAGGUUCCUUUGGCGUAGUUCUAAGUGAGCUGCUCACCAAAGCCGGCGAGGAACAUGACCCAAGUCUCGGUAUUGAGACGGUAAUGCAAUACGUUGUUGAGCCUGAAGGCGGCAAAGUCCCGAGCGUUGAGGAUGUCGGUGACGAUAUACACGCUAUUUUGAUCACGGGAAGCUGCUGGGAUGCGCAUGGGGACGAUGAGUGGAUACACAAGCUCAUGAAGUUCAUCAAAAACAUCUGGACCAAACGACCUGAUAUUCGCUUCACAGGUAUAUGCUUCGGCCACCAAAUCAUAUGUCGGACGCUCGGCUCCAAAAUCGAACCCGAACCAAGCGGCCAGUGGGAACUCGCGCACACAGCCAUCUCGCUUUCCUCUGUCGGGCAGUCCUUAUUCGACGUGCCCUCUACUCAAGAUAAGAUCCAUCUCCACCAGAUGCACCUCGACUCUGUCGUUGACGCGCCGUCUCCGGAAACCUCGGAUCUGCUACCUAAAGGCACAAAAAUACACGUCUGGGGCAAGAGCGAGCAUACUGGUGUUCAGGGCGUGUAUAUUCACAAGAGGUUGUUCACAACACAAGGGCAUAUGGAGUUUGAAGAGAAGCAUGUCAAGCGACAGUUGGAGAUGCGGGUUGAAUCAGGGAGUGUGUCGAAAGAGAGCGCGGACGAGGCAGCGGAAAGGGCGGACUGGAUGCAUGAUGGGUUGUUGGUUGCUCAAGCUGUGUUGAGGUUUUUUCAUGGGGACGAUGAUGAUGUGGAGUAA